AUGUCUUGCACGGCAACCACUCUUGCCGUCGAGAGUCCUCCCUCAAGCCGUGCAGUCAGCACCUCGCGAGACGAUGAACGAACCUACCUGAUGAACCGAGGACGACGUCAUUCGUAUGACACCAAUCGCCGGCGGCAGUCGAGUGUAUGCAACGCAGAUGCCGUCUUCGUUCGAGUGGAUUUAUUCCUGGCCGAGCUCAAACGCAGGUUGGAUAGACUGGAAAGGUAUCGACAAGACAGCAUUUUACAUUUUGAUGGUCAAUUGGAGCGUGCCUAUAGUACCUUGAAGGAUGUCUGUGACCGCUGCUCACCUUAUCAUUCCGGCGAGCACCUCUGGGGCGCCGCUCGACAUCGAGCAUCAAUCCUCGUUGAGACCCUCGAAACUCGAUACCAUGAUGUCAUCCAAACCAGAGAAUCCUUGGAACACAAGGCACAAGUCAGCAUGCGAUUGAUGGAAUCGUACCUGGCCGAGUUGGAAGCCCGAGCCCAUUCUCGCAAGAAGCAGUUGAUUGAUUCGGGAUGGAAAACCGUGGACCAUUCGCUCGUUGCCACGCGCGAACUCAUCGAAGACGGCUACGACAAGGCUCUUCGCGCAAGAGAUCUGAUGGCGGACGCAAUUGCUCACGCGCUGAACCGGGCGGCCGAGACCAGACUGAUCCAUUACCAUGAACUGCCUGAUCCAUGGCGCAUAAACCCUCACAUUAUUCGUGGAUAUCGAUUCAACAAGACCAAGGUCGAAUGUGUUCACUCCAUGUUCCGACCCUCCAACGAAACCGUCAACAUCUGGUCUCACGUCAUUGGGCUUGUCAUUGUUCUCACCAUUGCCUUCUACUACUAUCCCUCAUCGGCCACGUUUCCACUCUCGUCCAAAUGGGAUGUCCUCAUUGCUGCCUGUUUCUUUGCCGCCGCCGCCAAAUGCCUGAUAUGCUCCACUAUGUGGCACACCAUGAACAGCAUUGCCGAUAAAUGUCUUUUGGAACGAUUUGCCUGUGUUGACUAUACCGGCAUUUCCUUCCUCGUGGCAGCAAGCAUUCUCAGCACUGAAUGGACGGCGUUCUACUGUGAGCCUGUCUCUCGGACAAUCUACAUGACAUUGACCGUCUUCCUCGGUAUCGCCGGUGUCAUCUUGCCAUGGCGAGAAAGCUUCAACCGGUCCGACAUGGCAUGGGCGCGAGUGGCAUUCUUCGUCACCUUGGCCGCCACAGGAUUUGCACCCGUCAUCCAAUUGAACCUGACCCGGGGUGCUGCCUGGACAUUUUACUUUUAUGCACCAGUGACCAAGAGUGUUAUGGUCUAUCUGACUGGUGCAAUUAUAUAUGCAAGUCGGAUUCCUGAGAAGUGGUGGCCCGGUCUGUUUGACUAUGCCGGGGGCAGCCACAACAUUUGGCACUUGGCCGUGCUCGGGGGAAUCUUAUUUCAUUAUACUGCGAUGAUGGAAUUCUUCCAAGGAGCAUUCACAAGGGCCAUGGAGAGCGAUGGAUGUUGCAUCGGCUAA